AGUUAAAUGUGGAUCUUCUUCUAGGAAAAUUCACGUUAGUCAGUAGUUCUGAACGAUCUGGUGAAGUCAAUGCAGAUAGAUUGGGAUGUACUGACCCAGUGUUCAAUUAUCGCAUAUUUAAUUGUGAUUUGUCAAAUGCAUUAAUAUUGAUAUUACAUAAGAUCAAAAAUGUUUUACAGAGUAAAGUUGCUUACAUAACACAUAAAUGGUUAUUUUUGGCUGUACUAGUUAACGUACUUUGGAAUAUAUCCGUACGUACAAACAAGAGAAACACAAUUCGAUAUAUGCAAGGAACUAGAAAUCUGGUAGGACCUAUGCCAUUAUAA